AUGGAGGAUUGGAAUGAGAAACUUAUUACAGCUGCCCAGAAUGGAGAUAUAGAAGACUUAGAAUUAAGUCUACAGAAUGGUGCAGACAUUGAGUAUCAAGGUGUUAGUGGAUGGUCAGCAUUAAUGUGGGCUGCCAGGAGAGGACACCUGGAGAUCUGUCGUCUCCUCAUUGGUAGAGGAUGUAAGAUCGACAUCACACAAGGAGAUGGAGAGACAGCAUUAAUGUGGGCUGCCUACAGAGGACACCUGGAGAUCUGUAGACUCCUCAUUGAUAGAGGAUGUAAGAUCGACAUCAUAGCAAGAGAUGGAAGAACAGCUUUACAUUAUGCUGCACAGUUUGGACAUCUACAGAUCACAAGAUAUCUGGUAGAACAAGGAGGUGCCAGUCCCUUGGUUACAACACAUAAGGGUCGGACUCCAUACGACUUAGCAGCAGAAAGGAUGAAAGAAGAAGUGAUGGAAUACUUACAGACUGUCAUGUCAGAGAAAUCUUCAGGUGUAACUGCUGAACAAGGGAGAGAAGGUAAUAUGGUUCCAACUGAGAUCAAAUUAAUGGCUGACAAAAGAUCAAUAGAUUUGUACCUAAAAUUACUUGAGUCAGGAUCUGAGAAAAAGAGAGACAUACGUUUAGUAGUUGUUGGGAAAAAAGGGGCUGGAAAGACAUCAUUGAUUAGAAGAUUGUUUGGUGAAGACAUUACAGAUGUUACGAGUACAAAUGGAAUAGAAAUUCAUAAAAUUAAAUGCAAAGCGAUGUCUGAUGAUGGCGUAUGGAAUAAACAAGAAGAAAACAAUGAAGAUACUCAAACUCAAGCAAGACUUUUAAAACAGUAUGUAGGACAACUUGAGGACAAAAGACCAUUUGAAUCCCACAGAGACAUGAAGGGUAACACACCAGUAACAUCUUUCGAUGAUUCAAAGAAAUCAGAGAUGGAAUCUGAUCAACAUAAAACAAUGAAACCUCCAGAAGCAGCUAUACCUGUAUCAGAACCACCAGAUGCUCCCCACCAGCCAAACAAAUCCUCUGAUCAAGCAGCAAAGAAUUUCGAAACUAUGCUAUCUGCUGAGUCUAAAAUUGAUGUACAUGACAAAGAGGAAUAUGCUACAUUUUUGCUGUGGGAUUUUGCAGGAGAUGAAGAAUUUUACCACACUCAUCAAACCUUUCUGUCCCAAGAUGCAAUGUAUCUUGUUGUUACAAAACUCAAUGAAGCUGAUGAUCAUAAUGCACAAGCCUUAUUCAGACUAUGGAUUGACUCAAUACAUUGCUACAGUAGACUGGAAGAGAGAAACAAUACAUCUGACAAGAAACCGUUGGGUGAUAAUGAUCCACCAGUAGUUAUUGUUGGCACAUGGAAAGAUGCUGUGACCUCAGAAACAGACACGAAAAAGAUUGAGAUAGCAUGUAGAGAAAACCUGUUAAAGUACACUAAUGAACUGGCUGAUGAUGAACGUGGUCAUGUGAGAUGUGAAUACUUCAUUUCCAAUAAGGACGAUGAUCUCAGUGCUUUCCAGCAAAUACGACAAAACAUUCUAAAUUUAGCCAGAGGAAUGAGAACCUGGAACAAAGAUUAUCCGUUAAAAUUUAUUCAACUGGAACAACUACUUCAAAAACAGAAAGAAGAGAUACCAAUCAUUUCCUAUGAUGCAAUUAAGGCCAUUUCAGCCAAUACACCAAUGCCUUUAAAUGAGGAAGAACUGAUAUUUUUUCUGGAAUUUCACCAUGAACUCCGAUCUUUAGUUUAUUUUAAGGAUCUCCCAGAUAAUAUUAUUUUAGAUACACAAUGGCUGUCUGAUGCUUUUAAAUGUAUUGUUACAGCAGAGAAAUUCCAAGCUAGUACUAAGAAUCAAAAGAAGUGGAAUGAAUUUUACAAAACAGGGAAAUUGAAUAAUGAGGUGUUAGAAGAUAUAUUUAAAAAAGAGACAACCAUUUUGUACGAUCACAAAGAAUAUAUUCUGAAAGUAAUGGAAAAUUUUGAUAUAAUUAUACGUCCAAAUAAAUCAGAGGGUGCUGAAGAAAAUCCUUACUACUAUGUACCUUGUAUGAUUAAAGCAGAACCUGAGAUUGAUAUUCAUGAAAUGUUUAAUGUGACAAAAGAUAUUGGUAAAAGAUCAACUUGGAUGUGUUUCAGAUUUAUAUUUCUACCUCCACAUCUUUAUAAUCAUUUGAUUGCUUCACUUAGCAGGAAAUAUAACAUUGCAGAGAGAGUUGUCACUGGACAGAAGGAAAGACAAAUUGCUCUUUUCAAAAGCACUGCUGUCUUUGAAUUACGGGAGACCUCGAAAUUACGAAAAUUACUAUUAAUGACAUUGCCGAAUGUUAUUCAGAUUCAGGUUUGGGAAUUUGGGGAAGAAAUUAAAAGCGGUUUGUACAAAUACAUUGGCGACUUUGUGACAGAGGAAUUAAACACAAUCAUGCAUUCAAGAUUCAAGAUGUCAAAUGUAAAAUUUGAGAAAACCUGGGAAUGUGGCCUUACUGAGUCAAAGAGUGUAACAGGAUCUAUCAAAUUCACAGAGAAGCCCUUACCAGAAUAUCGAUGUGAUACCUGUCAAGAAACACACAAUUUCAUCCGUGAAUGGUCAGAUCAACAAGAUAAAGAAUCAAGGCCACCUAAAAGAGUCAAUUUAGAAGUUGGCGCAGUAUUGAUAACUGACGAAAAAGGCAACAAUCAGACCAACAUUUUACCAGAAAAUCUGCCAAAGAAUAUUGAAGCUGUCACAGCAUUGACAUCUGACAUAGACUGUCCCACUCAGACCAAGAUUUUUCCAUUUAACCCACCUGCCACAGAGUUGACACCUGACAAAGAAGGUGCCACUCAGAGGGACAUUAUUCGGGAAAUACCAUACAAAAGUUUUGAAGCUAGCUCAGGAUUGACUUCUGUCAUAGAAGACACCACUGGGACCAACAUAAUUCAGGAAAAGCAACCUAAGAAUUUAGAAGUUGCAACAGGAUUGACAUCUAACAAAGAAGUCAUCACUCAAACCAGCAUUAUUCCAGAAAAUCCACUAAAAAGUUAUGAAGCUGCCUCAGGAUUUAAAUCUGACACAGAAAGCACAAGUCGAACUCAAAUUAUUUCCAAAAAAGAACAUACGAGUCAAGAUACCAAAGUAGACUUCAGUGAUAUCUUAGAUCAAAUGAUUACACAGUUAGUGAUAUCAGUGGACGACAGACGAAGCAUUGAACAAAGUACUAACCAGGAAAACACCAUGCUAGAUAUAGUAAUCAAAAGGGGAGAGCCCAAUAAAUCUGUUUGUAUUGAUAUUCUAAUGCAAAAUAGUGGGUAUAAAGAUAUAGCACAAAAAUUGAAGUCUGAUUCAUCAAGAUCAGUGCCACCAACCACUAAAACAGAACUACCAGAUGUUCCCGCUUAUAAAAUACGUCUACAGAAGAACUACCUAGAAAUAAUCAACACGUUAACACACCACGACAAGUAG